CUCUUAACCAUGUUGUACGUGGCGACCUCCGUACCUGCUGGUGGAUUACCGCUGCGCGUUGUCAUGAGCGAACAGGAUUUGAUGAGUUGAAAUGGCUCAUGGAGACUCAAGCGCCGCCACUCAUAACCGAGAUCGUGUCCAUCAUCAACACCGGGCUGAGCUGUAGUCUUGGAUCGCAGGAGCCAACACCACCCUCGCAACCAGUCAAUCCACCAGCAACAUUAGCGAUCACAUCAGCAAACAGUGACCUCGUGAAAGGAUUUCUCACGAUCGAUGGGGCGUCGGUCAUCAAAGGCGAUCUCACCCUCAAACUCCCGCACUACAACCGCGGCAACGCCGUGAAAGUCACCAUCAACCCCGCACGUCCCACCUUCCUCCGUCAAGUAUCCUCCGCGCGCAACCACCUCAUCGCAUCGCUGGACAUCAUUCUGCAGCUCGCGGAAGUUCGGCAUGUCAAGCGCGAGAAGCUGCAUUCGGCACUGAGGCGUGUGAGCAAGCAUAUGAAGAGCGCAAAGGCUGGGCUGUGCCGUGUGGCUGACGCGGAUAUCUUUCCUGUUAGGGAAGGGGAUGCGACGGCAUUUGCACCAGAUCUCCCCGAAGACCUCGUGGUAGACCUGCACGUGAUGCAAUCCAAUGUGGUUGUCUCCAUCUACGCGCUCAACUACCACCAGUCCGGCAUACCACUUCAGAUACAAAGCAAGAUCCUUGGCAAGUUCAGGAACUUGAAGCUCGACACGUAUAAAGGCAAACCAGUUGAGAUUCUAGACACCGUCACCGUCGAAUCAGCAUCUCCACGCCUCGCUACCCUCAUCCGCUCCAUCGACACAGUCGAAGGUCUCUGCGAUCAGCUGAUACUCAAGCUCAACGUGUUCAGGAAGUCGGCUGCGGUGAUGGCCAAAUGAGUGCCGCCGAUCUUUGCGUGGUUACAUUUUUUUGGAACAGCCCUUUCAUUGUAUCUUGAGAUCAAGCGCUGCAGAAUCAGAACAGUCAUGAUUUGCGUACCACAAUACAUACAUACAUACAUAGACCGUGAUAACAAAAUAACAUAUAGAUGCAGCAGACCAGCCUCCUGGGAGACAGAUAGAAACAGAACAGGGUAUCUGCGCACCUCAUAGAGUACAACGCGCUACAGUAUAC